ACGUGCCGUGCGUAGAAAUAACACCGUGUGAGCGUGUUAUAAGGAAGACGGAAAGUUUUGACACGAGGUGCAGAGGAAAUAAGAAAGCGGUAGAGAUGGCGAUGAAGACGGUUUGGAUCGUACUGCUGUGUUUGUUUGUUAUUGCACAGGCAGAUCAAGGUGGUUUCGAUGUUCGCCAUCACUUAUCCACCGUCACCAGAUACUCUGUUUCGAAAGAUGUCACACAAAAUUUGAUCGAAGGGUCAAAAGUCCCUAGUGAGUGUACACCUAUCCACCUCAACCUCGUGGCUAGGCAUGGGACUCGUUCUCCUACUAAGAAAAGGUUGCGAGAACUGGAGAGUUUAGCUGGUAGGUUAAAGGAACUUGUAAGAGAUGCAGAAGCUAGAAACUUGCCUUCGGACAAGAUUCCUGGAUGGUUAGGGAAGUGGGUUUCUCCUUGGCAAGGGAAAGUGAAAGGCGGGGAGCUGAUAAGGCAAGGUGAGGAUGAGUUGUACCAGCUUGGAGUCAGGGUUAGGGAACGGUUCCCCACUUUGUUCGAAGAGGAUUAUCACCCUGAUGUUUAUACCAUUAGAGCCACGCAGAUUCCUCGGGCGUCUGCGAGUGCUGUGGCAUUUGGAAUGGGGUUGUUCAGUGAGAAAGGAGACUUGGGACCAGGGCGUAAUAGAGCGUUUGCUGUCACUAGUGAGAACCGUGCUAGUGAUACCAAGCUGAGGUUUUUCGAAUGUUGUCAAAACUACAAGAGUUAUAGAAAAGCUAAAGAGCCUGCUGUGGAUAAGCUCAAGGAACCUGUUCUGAACAAGAUUACAGCUUCCGUUGCUAAGAGAUAUGGUUUGAGUUUCACGAAACAGGACGUUUCUUCUCUCUGGUUUCUGUGCAAGCAGGAAGCAUCAUUGCUUAAUGUAACUAAUCAAAGCUGUGAACUUUUCACUCCAUCUGAGGUUGCUUUGCUCGAAUGGGCAGAUGACUUGGAAGUGUUUAUUCUCAAAGGUUAUGGAAAUUCAUUGAACUACAAAAUGGGAGUUCCAUUGCUCGAAGAUGUUUUGCAUUCCAUGGAAGCAGCUAUCAAGGCCCGAGAAGAAAAUCUCCCACCUGGAAGUUACGAAAAAGCAAGACUUAGGUUUGCACAUGCAGAAACAAUAGUUCCCUUCUCUUGCCUUCUUGGACUUUUCCUUGAUGCAUCUGAGUUUGAGAAAAUACAGAAGGAGAAACCGUUGGAACUCCCUCCACAGCCUCCUAAAACCAGGGACUUUAAAGGCAGCACCAUGGCUCCUUUUGGUGGGAACAACAUGCUUGUCCUCUACAGCUGUCCUGCAGCUUCCUCCCCCAAGUACUUCGUCCAGGUUCUGCACAACGAGCAUCCUAUUGCAGUUCCUGGCUGUGAUGGAAAAGACUUCUGUCCUCUUGAAGAUUUCAAGGCCAAAGUGGUGACCCCUCACCUCAAGCAUGCUUUUGACAACCUCUGCAAUGCUAAUCUAGAUGACCCUAAACAGAACCAUCCAUCAGUUUAAGCUAAGUUCAAUCCGCUAAUCUGAAAUGGUUCGAGAGGCAUCUCACUCAAGCUUGAUUUGAUCUCUGUUUCUCUUUACAUGCUUGGUAGAAACCAAAAGCUCUAUAUUACAGAUCUUAAGGACGUGUAGUAUGUGUGUUCAUUUUGUAUAACUGAGAAAAGAAUAUGUAUAUUAAUCAACUUAUAAGAUAGAGACUGAAAACAAAUCUAAGUGAGAUGACUGAUGGAAUCAGGACACUCGAGAC